AUGGACACUCAGCAGCCCGAGGAGAGCACUGAGAUCUUCCUGCCCGAGGACAACGUCGAGCCCACACCCGCCAACGAGCGCAUCACCACGCCAUACAUGACCAAGUACGAGCGCGCGCGCAUUCUGGGCGCCCGUGCCCUGCAGAUCAGCAUGAACGCGCCCAUCAUGGUUGAGCUUGACGGCGAGAGCGACCCGUACGAGAUCGCGCUCAAGGAGCUCCGCGAAAAGAAGAUCCCGUUUGUCAUCCGCCGGUACCUGCCCGACAUGAGCUACGAGGACUGGCGCGUCCAGGAACUCAUUGCUGACUAA